GGGCCUAUUGAUUCCUGAAAUUUGACAGAGGAAGUGUCUGUCCCUAUGAACUUUGGUUCAUACCCUCUUUUAUAAACGGUGGUUGUCCUUCCUAACAGCGCUCUGGACUAAGCGAUGCCAUGGCGACGGAGGGGGAGCCGACCGACGCGAUCAAAGUGUUGCACCUACUGCUGCUCGCCUUCACCUGGGGCAUGCAGGUGUGGGUCUCCUUCAUCGGAGGUUUCGCUCUGGUGAAGCAGGUGUCGCUGCAUACCUUCGGUUUGGUCCAGAGCAAGCUGUUCCCUGUCUACUUCUACUGCCUGCUGGGAAGCAACUUCACCAGCCUGGCCGUGUACGCCGUGUACCACCCCAGAGAGCUGCUGGACUGGCACGAAGGCGUGCAGAUGCUGAUGUUCUUCGUGGCGCUGAUAGCAGCAGGCCUGAACGGCCAGUGGUUCGGCCCAGCGGCCACCGAGGUCAUGUUCCAGAUGAGGGCGGUGGAGGAGGAGCACGGUCUGGGGAACCAGGUGGGGCUGGGCAGCCAGAGGGAGGAGUACGCCAAGCUGAAGGAGCAGGACCCAAAGUACCGGGCCUACAGGAAGACGUUUGGGCGGUACCACGGCCUGUCCAGCCUCUGCAACCUCGUCGGCUUCCUCUGCGUCACAACUAACCUGGUCUACACCGCUCUCAAGCUGUCCACCAUUUAAACACCGGUCAUUUCCAGGCGUAUCAGGUCCACAGGCAUUCAUGCAGCAUUUAUAGUUUCAAAGGUUUAUUGGGAUUUUAGUGGGACAAACAAACAUAAAAAAGUACUGAAAAGGGAAAUGGUGUUUCAAAUCUACAGGGGACGUAAAGCAAACAUCAACUAAAUAUAUAGUAAAAAAAAAAAAAAGAUGCCAAAAUAAGCGAGCGAGACGCUCAGAUGUUUAAGAAUAAAGUGCAGUACAUUUAAUAAAAUGAACCCACUGUUGUAAAUGUUAGACAAAAAGGGGGAGAAAGUAUUCUUUAAACUGAGACGCUCCACUAAUAUAUAAUAUAUGAGUCAAGUGGUUUAGUUGGGGUUGAAUUGAAAGAACAAAAUCUUCUCCAAUAAGAAGAAUUUAUUUAUAAUAAAUGCAGACCAAAACACAAUAUUAUUGUCCAAGACUGGAGGAAGUGAAUUUUUAUAGUAAAGUCAACAUAAAAGCUUCUUAUAAACCCCAAAAUGAUCUUGUAUAAAAUUUAAAAAAAGACAAAUGUUUUGAAGCGGGUUUACAAAAAAGUUUAAUUUCAGGAAUAUAAAUAUUUUUAAAACUGCAAUUCCUUUUUAUUUUGUAAAGACGGAGAGGAAGAUGCAAAAAUGUUUUGAAGUCUGUGGAGCAUUUGCAUCUUGUGUUGAUGUUCCAUUAAAAACCAUGUUUCAAUUUUUCUUUUCACUUCUCAGUCACACCACGUUGUGUUUCUAUACCGGAUAAAAUUCAGCCACAUCUGUGGUUGUAUCACGAAACGAAUGUGAAAAAUGUUCAGAGUGUGAACAAGAUAGUCAGAGGAGAUACUUUUAUGUAGAUUAGUUUAUGUCAUAAGUGAUCCAGAAUUUGAAAUGUAAUUUUGCAAUCGCAGCACAGACGGGACGGAGAUGCGCUGACGGCGUUUUGUCAACCUAAGCAGAGAUUAUGAAACAAAUGUGCAGCUGUUGCCUACUUCUGACUUUUACUGAGGAAAUUAUUCAGCCAUUAUUUUUCUUGUAAAGGAUCCAUUGAUUUUUUUUUUUUUUUUUUUGCUUUAACUACAUGUACAUUGUCUGCUGAACAAUAUUUUUGGAGCACUGUGGAACAAAUUAGAAUAUCUUUUUGCAGUUGCUUUGUUUCUCCAGCAGAUGGAGACACUUAGCCAUAAUUUCCCAAUCCGGAUCAACAUCGACGCUGCAUUUCAGUUGUUCUGUUUUAUGUUAUGUUAUGUUAUGUUAUGUAAGAAGCGUUUCAGCUUGAAAUUAGAACUAAUAAUGGAAUAAAUAGAAGCUUUAUGAAUUA